UCCUGAUUAUCCCAUCGCCGGCUUGCUUCUCCUUUGGCUCCUCAGUUAAGUGCCUUCAGUACUAUCAAGUCUAAAAUCUCUACUCAAAUGGCUUCGAGACUGAGAACAAGGACUCAAGACUUACUGGGCCAUGACAAGCUUGGUGAAGUAGAUGAAUUGCUGAGGAAGUUUAACUAUGACGACACCACCUUCUUUGAGUUGGGUCUCCAGUUGGGGUUACAAUAUGCUACAUUGAAUAAAAUUAAAGCUGAGCAUAGUAUUAGUAAUUGUUUAAUUGAGUGCUUAAAUGCAUGGAUCGAACAGGUUGAUGAUGUGAAGAAAUAUGGUGGCCCUAGCUAUUACACAUUGAUAGUUGCUCUUCGAAUAAUCAAACAAAAUAGAGUUGCUGAUGCAAUUGAUGAAGAAAAACACCCUGCUUGUGCUAUACUUGCAUGUUACAAAGAUGAAAAAUUCAUUUUGAAUCCAUUGCCUCAGCUUGCAGUGCUCCUUUACAAAGAAGAUCUCAUAAGAGCAAGAAUACUUCCAAACGCUGAUGGAGCACUUAGUCUGCUAAGGGAAGUGCAGCAGUCCAUUUGUGCUAAUCAUCGGAAUCUUAUGAAAUUUGCUGAUGUUCUCAAGUUGAUGCCUGCAACUCAGAAAAUUGCACGAGAAAUUAAAGAAAGUUAUUUAGAAAAAGUUCAUAGUAAUGAGAUAGUAGAUGAAGCAGAAGUAACAGAAAUAACAGAUUCAGAUAUUUCAAUUCAAGGCCAGGAGCUAGAUGCUUUUAAUGCUAUAAGAACAAAAUUUGCUUCUACUGUGUACGAUGCAACAGAAGCUAUGGUGAGCAUUUCAGAAAGAGAUUUGAGAACCUAUUUAUGCCGAGGGUAUCCUCAUUUGGCAAGCAAGCUAGAAAAAUGUACAACUAUUGAUGAUCUGCUAAAUAUGCUUGCUAAUGAAUGCUCGUUAACUGAUGUCAGUCUGUUAGAAGCUGUGGCAGAUAGAUUUAAAAUUUCACCUGCUACAGAACUCAUUCAAGAAUAUAAGGAGGCAGUUGAUGAUUUUUGUGAGAAAACACCUCUCACUGAAUGUCUAAAUAAAAAAAUAUCUUCUGGUUCUAUGCUUGAAUCUGAAAAGAUUGUCAUCCAUGUUAGAGGUCUUGCAAGUGAGCACAGAUUCAAGGAUGUCAAAGAAUUAACUGAGCAUGCAUUUGGAAAAUUAAACUCACAAGUCAAAAUCACAGUUAUUGUAGUUAAAAAGUCCUUCACUGUCACUUGUUCUUUUCCUCUGAUAUUAAGUGAGUCACUAAUUGCUAGUGUUCUUCAAAACCUCGAGACUCUCAAAGCAAAAGGAUUAGAACAGUUGACUAUUGGAUAUGGCAUUGUUUAUGAUGUGGAUGAGAAAGAGUGUGACGAAGCAGCAGUAUAUGCUAGAAAAGGUAUUGUGGAGCAGUUGUUGCUAUCAAGAACUGUUCAAUUGAUAAAUUGCUGUCAAGAAAAGAAAGCAAUUAUAGCAGAAGCUGAAAAGAAAAAAGUUGAAUACCAAGAAGAAAAAGAAAUGCUAAGCAAAAAUCUGAUUUCAUGUCAACAAAGUGACAGUGAAGUAAGCAUCAGUGCAGAUAUUGCCACUAUAGUCUAUGCAGCCAUGACAAGACAUAAGCAUAUCAUAAAUAUUGAGUUUGUUUCUGACAUAACCCAUAUGUUUAGAAAAUACCAAUUUUAUGGACAUCAAUAUCCUAAAUUUGGUAUUUACCUAAACAUACCAAAGGAGCGACUUGACUUCAUUGAAAGAAAUUUUAAAGGUGACUUAGCUCGCUGUCUGAUUGAGUGCCUGAUGGCUUGGCUACGCAGUCCUGAUGACCCUAGCACAAAGUCCUGGGAAACUCUAAUUCUUGCCAUAAGGCAUGUAGAUGAGAAAGAAGUAGCUGAUAAUAUUUAUAAUGAAAAAUGCAAGCCUUGUGAAGUACUACCUGAGUAUUAUGUCAAGCUAUUUGGAAGCAUUGAAGAGCCAUUUGAAUUAGCUGAUAUUCUCUGCUCCAAAGGAGUUCUGGAUGAAACAUCUCUCACCAAAAUUAAGAAAGCAACAAAAGAAGAAAAAACUGCUUUACUAAAAGCAAGAGAACUCUUGCUACAAGUAAUACAGAAAUCCAUCUGUCGAAGGAAAGAAAACUUGAAAAUUUUUGCUGAAGCAUUGCAAAAAUUUAGCUCUACUGCUCAGCUAGGAGAUGAAAUUCUUGAAAAAUGUUCCUUUAUAAACUUUGUACAUUCCAGCAUUUAAUUUUAUACAUUAAUUUUUAUUCCCACAGAACAUAAUUAUUAUUAUUUGUACACAUAAUUAUGCAUUGUCCACACAUUAAUCCUUAUUGUGAACCUGCACAUCAAAAGUAUAGAAUGUGCUUAAUAACAAUAAUAAUUACUAUAAAUUCUUAGUUCUUAAUAUUAUCAAUUAGUUUGAACAAA